AAGUCGAAUUUGAUGUAAAGUCUAUUUUAGAGUAUAUUUUACAGUUCUCUCUAAAAUUUUCAAUUUAUCGGGGGCCUGAACUCCGCCUCUUCAUCCCCGCCGCCGGCAACCCUCUUGGCUCCCUGUCCCUCUUCCUCAGCCACACCGCUCUUCUCUCAGGUAAGCCCAUCUCCUCAACCGUCCUGUCCACCUCCUCCCCUUCUCCGACCGCUGUCCCUUCCGCUCUUGUCCUGGUGAGAUCGCAGCAGCCGCCGCUCCCCUCUCAACGCCUCCUUCACCAAGCCCACAGCCGCUGUCCACUCUUCCCAGCCGUCGCCGACCCUCUCGUCGCAGCUCUCCCUCUCUGUCUAGCCUUUCCCUCCCAGCUUCCGGCCCAAAUGAAACAAUUCAAGGAUCCCUUCGAGGCGGCGUUCGAGGAGCAGGAGGAGUCGCCGCCUGAAUCCCCGUCCCCUGCUGACGAGUUCAACCCUCAACCAUCGGCGGCUCCCGCCGACACUGUGCCUGUGCAGGAAGAGGAUGACCUAAUCGCCCCGUCCACCUCGGCGCUGUUCCCAGCCUCCGCUGCCGCUGCAGCUGCAAAACCGAAGGACGAAGAGGAUGAGGAAGAGGAGGAGAACAUGGAGGUUGAGCUCGCGAAGCUUCCAUCCGGUGGGGAUCCUCAUAAAAUGGUCAAGAUGCAAGCAAUUUUAUCCCAGUUCACUGAGGAGCAGAUGAAUCGAUACGAGUCUUUUCGAAGGUCUGGCUUCCAGAAAGCUACCAUGAAAAGGCUGCUAACAAGUGUUACAGGAAGUCAGAAAAUCUCAAUGCCCAUGACAAUUGUAAUGUCAGGAAUUGCAAAAAUGUUUGUUGGAGAACUUAUUGAGACAGCUCGGAUAGUUAUGGCAGAGAGGAAUGAAUCAGGGCCAAUCAGGCCUUGCCAUAUCAGAGAAGCAUAUAGAAGGCUAAAGCUUGAAGGCAAAGUGCCCAAGAGGACGGUGCCAAGGCUCUUCCGCUAGUUAACCUGCAGAACCAGUAAUGCCCGACUGCCCAAGCAGUUGAAGUGGCCGUUUUUCCUGUGCUAUCGAAACCUAACCGCUCGAAAUUGGUGUUAGCGUUUCAUGGAUACGUCUAUUUCCUUCCUGGAGUGUUUUGCCUGUGAUUUAUUUACCUUCACAGAGGACAGUUCAGUGACUGAAAGUCAGCUCAUGCAAAUACAAGUCGUGUGUUCGUACUUGAAUCCUUAGUUUCAAGAGAGAAAAAGAAGGAUGAAGGGGCAGCAUGGAAACUCUGAGAUAGCAGUAUUUGCAAGCCCAAGCUUCUUGAGAUUUGGAGAGAAUGAUAAUUUUACUUCAAGCUUACUUUCAUUGAAGUGAUUGCUUGAUAUUAGUAAGCAAAUUCUUUGUUCCAUCAAGAUGCAAAUAUAAACAAGUGGAUAGGACCAGAUGAUGAAGGAUUUCACUUUUCCAGAAUCCGACAUGAAGGAGAUUGGAAGUAACAUUUUCUUCUGCAGUUAGUAGUUGCGUUAUGAUACUUGGUUCAACAAGUCCUUUUGUGAUGAGUGGUAUUACUGUGGUAUUUAUGUAUGUAUUUAUCCUGCAUUGUUAUUGUGAUUAUAAAUAUCAUCAUCUAGCCACGCCUAAAGGAAGAAAACGUUUGAAUCA